UUCAAAUGAGGCCUAUUUGACUUGCUCUUCAACCUCACCUUCAUCUCUGGUGACAUACCUUACUCGGUGCACUUCGCUUUUCCGACGGACUCUCCUAUGCAGCAACUCUCACGUACCGGAAUUACACUCACUUCAAUAAGUCAAAAGAAUCCAUAUCAUCAUCAAAAUGUCGCUUUCUAAAGUGAAGCACAUUGUGCUGGUCUUGUCGGGCAAAGGUGGUGUCGGAAAGUCUUCAGUGACGACGCAACUGGCCCUGUCCCUCGCUCUUGCAGGGCAUUCUGUUGGUGUACUCGAUGUCGACCUCACCGGGCCUUCAAUCCCUCGCAUGCUGUCGAUUGAAGCGGAGAAGGUCAAACAAGCCCCCGGAGGUUGGCUCCCCGUGCCUGUACACGACGCCGUCGUAGAGAAGGGCAUCGGCUCAUUCCAUGCCAUGAGUCUCGGGUUCCUCCUGCCCAGACGUGGCGAUGCCGUUGUCUGGCGAGGACCCAAAAAGACGGCCAUGGUCCGCCAGUUCCUCUCCGAUGUCUUGUGGGAUGAGACGGACUAUCUACUCAUCGAUACGCCCCCGGGCACCAGCGACGAACAUAUUUCCCUUGCCGAGACACUAUUGCGAGACGCUCGGCCUGGCCAGGUUGCGGGUGCCGUUGUAGUCACGACCCCACAGGCGGUUGCCACGGCAGAUGUCAAAAAAGAGCUCAACUUUUGUGUCAAGACCAAUAUCAAGGUUCUUGGCGUGGUUGAGAACAUGAGCGGCUUCGUCUGCCCUCACUGCUCGGAGUGCACCAACAUUUUCAGCUCUGGCGGAGGAGCCGUCAUGGCCCAAGAGUUCUCGGUACCAUUCCUCGGCACCGUACCCAUCGACCCUCAGUUUGGCGAACUUGUCGAAUCCGGCAGGAGGCCGCAGUACCCUCAAGGGACGCAAAUACACGGUCAGGAUAUUGGCCAGGCCGAAAAGGAGGGCGAAACAAAGGGCGAUACUCUAGUCGAGAAGUACCAGGACUGUUCGCUGUCUCACAUCUUCAGCGACAUUACUUCCAAACUCACAACAACGGUUGAGGCACAAGCACAAUCGUGAGCAAAAUAAGCCAUCUACAAUGUCAAUUCAAAGAGCAGACGACAGGCCCAGUAUCGGGGCCGUGCCGCAGGUCUUGGCUCCUAGCGAGAUGAAGAGGCCGCUCAGCUUGGUGCCCAAUUCUACAAGUAGGCACACAACGUGCCAGGGGUUGAGAACAACCAUAAACCUCGCCGUACUGUAGGUACAGAAACACUGGGCAUGGCGAAGUCAAAGCAGCAUGCGAAAUCCCAGCCCAACACGCAUCUGAAGGAUACUGGGAAAGUCCAAAGACCAAGCAGCAUACAAAACACCAGGCUC